GAUUAUAAACUUACACGAGCACACCCAGACCAAAGGCUUUUGCACAGAAAGAGAAGAAAGAAAUGGGGAAACCGAAGGCAGUGAUUGUUGGAGGCAGCAUAGCAGGUAUAUGUUGUGCACAUGCUCUCAUCAGAGCUGGUUGGGAUGUUGUCGUUAUUGAGAAAACUCCACAACCUCCAACUGGUAGCCCCACUGGUGCUGGUCUUGGACUUGACACUUUCUCUCAGAAAAUCAUUCAAUCUUGGAUUCAACAACCCCAACUCCUUCAACAAACUACCUUGCCUCUUGUCGUCGAUCAAAACCAGGAAACUGAUGGAGAAACAAAAGUGAGCCGGACAUUGGCAAGGGAUGAACAUUUUAAUUUCAGAGCAGCUUAUUGGGCUGAUCUCCAUAGCCUUUUGUAUGGUGCACUACCGCUAGAUAUUGUUUUAUGGGGUUAUUUGUUUCUCUCCUUUUCCAUGUAUGAUGACAAAUCAAAAGUGGAAGUUGAAACUAAAGUUCUUGAAACGGGCAUUACAAUCAACAUUGUUGCUGAUUUGCUUAUUGCUGCUGAUGGUUGUCUGUCUUCAAUCAGACAACGUUUCCUUCCUGACCUUAAGCUGAGAUAUUCAGGGUACUGUGCGUGGAGAGGGGUUCUUGAUUUUUCCAAUAAGAAGCACUCAGAAGCCAUCAGCAACCUUAAGAAAGUGUAUCCAGAUCUUGGGAAAUGCUUGUACUUUGACCUGAGCUCUGGAACUCAUAGUGUAUUUUAUGAAUUAUUGAACCAUAGGUUCAAUUGGAUAUGGUACAUUAAUCAGCCCGAACCAAACCUCAAGGGGAAUUCUGUGACAAUGAAGGUUAGCGAAAACUUGGUUCAAAACAUGCAUGAAGAAGCUGAGAAGACUUGGGUUCCUGAAUUGGUCAGGGUAAUUAAAGAAAUUAAGGAGCCUUUCCUAAAUGUGAUAUAUGAUUGUGAUCCUCUGGAGCAGAUUUUUUGGGACAAAGUGGUGUUGAUUGGAGAUGCAGCUCAUCCUACUACUCCUCAUGGUGUAAGAAGUACAAACAUGUCGAUAUUGGAUGCAGCUGUUUUAGGCAAAUGCUUAGAGAAGUGGCAAGUGGAAAAUCUGAACUCUGCUCUUGAAGAAUACCAGUCUAUUAGGCUGCCAGUAAAUACGAAGCAGGUUCUAUAUUCAAGAAGACUAGGUCGCAUUAAACAAGGUUUAUCACUUUCAGAUCAUCCGUCCUUUGAUCUAAAAGCUGCAAGUCCAGAAGAUUGUGAAGAGCUUCAGCAGAAAAACAUGCCUCAUUUCUACGAUUUUCCUUCGAUAUUGAAGUAAUGUCACUGGUUUUUAUACUGGCCUGGUUAUUAAAGCAUUGUUGGAUGCAUAAUUGAGACGAGCAUUUUGUGUAUAUGCCCAUCUCGCGAAUGACUGUAUUCUGGUGCACCAACAUAUAGCAGGCCAGUGUUAUUGUUGUUGUAUCUGUAUACAAUUCAUGACUUCAUGAAUGUAGUAUAGUGAAAAUAAAGUUAAUAUUUGCCAGUACAUAAAUUUCCUUGA